AUGGCUCACAUCACCAGCAGUGCUGCGCCCGUCGGUUCCAUCAUAUUUUCGAUUUUCGCACUGCUCGUAAUUUCGAUCAUCGUGCUGUUGAUUUUGCGAUACUACUUGCCGCUGCGAACUACACCUGGAUUUUAUCUCGUCCCCAUCUUCUUCGCAUUGUGGCUGCCGUCAAUAGUCGUGCUCCUCGUUCCCAUAGACUUGGCGUCCAGUGCAGCCACCGACGACGAGACUACCAGGGGAAUAUGGCUCCCUGAACGAGUUGUCCUGGUGUCGUGGCGGAUAACGUAUUGGCUGACCUUUGUUUUGACUUGGGCCAUUUUGCCCAUCCUAGGCGAAUACUCGGAUGCCGGCUACCACGAGCCGAGCGAUAAGCUGAAAUACUCCCUCCGACAAAAUGCGCAGUUCUAUGCCAUCGUCCUCGGUGCCAGUGCCAUUGGCUUGGUAUACGUCUUUAUUGCGUAUCAGCCCUCUAUUCUAUCGCUGAAGGGUCUUGUGAUGACUCUUGCAUACUGCUGGGGUCUUGUGCUCGCCAUCUAUCUCAUGGGUCACGGACUUGUUGCCAUUCCCAGACGACUCAUUCGAAAUGCAAGCAUAAGCGGCCGAUUAAAACGACUGCAGUCACAAGCUCCAAAGGUGCACGAACAUAUGGAGGACACACUGGUCAUCCUAGAGGAAGUCGAAGCUCAAGUCGCAGAGCUCUGUCGCCGAAAGACUGGUAGUGCUUUAAGCUUUCAAGAAUGGAUUGAGGAGCUUCAAGACAUGGGAAACAUCCUGCCGUCUCAGGUGCCGUCUGGCUCUGGCAUAUUCGCGACUAACGGCCGAUCGGUUCCGCCGGUCAUCACAGAAAAGUAUUUGGCCGAGUUGACUCGAAGUUUUGUUCGGGCCAGACAUGCCAGAUCUCGUUAUGUCGACGAAUGGAGCCGCUUGGUACACGAAGCAGGGGAAUUGCAGGCAAUCUUAAAUUCCGCUGCUUCAAAGAAACUGGACUUCGGAGAGCCGUCACCACACACGGGAGUUUGGGGGAGGACCAAAAUUUUGAGUCCAUAUACUCGGUACAUUUUCUACUACCACGUCAUCCCCUAUACCCAGGUAGCGUUUGGUCUGUUUUUAGCUCUCGCCUCUGCUUGCGUUGUUUGGUCGGAAUUAGUCCGAUAUACAUUCCCGCGCUUGUCUGUUAUUCGCCUCAGCGUUGUACAUCACUGGGUGGGAGAUAAGCCUGAAGUUGGAUUUGCUGGGCAAGUCGUUUCUGCCUUCUGGAUUUGCUACAUGUGUGCAGCAGCACUUCUCUCCAUGACGGAAGUCAAAGUCUGGCGUGGCCGGGCCCUUGUGAAGCGAAACACGUCUUACGAAUCAGCGUUCUGGUACUCUAUGCAGGUCGCCAAGCUUACCAUUCCCUUGUCAUACAACUUCGUGACAUUCUUGUCUAAGGAGGUGUAUGAGAAGACAAUAUUCUUCAAGUUUCUGGGGCAACUGCUCGAAAAAACUGCGCCUGGUCGGUGGUUUGAUGACCUCUUCCCAAUUGUUGUUUUGUUCCCAGUGGUAGCAACAUUGUUCGGAUUGUACGGGAAGGUCAAGCGUGUGUUUGUUGGUAUCGACGUGAUUGACGAGGGCGAUGAAAACGGGCCGACAUAUGGGUCUGGAUCUUGGCGAGAAGGCCGUGGUCUCAUUGAGCGAGAGCUUGGAGGCACAGCGACCUACCGUCGACGGGGAGACACCGCUUCAAGGGUUGCAUUAGGUGAAGCAGGAAGCAGAGCUGUUCCCAUUCUCUCCAUUCCCGCAGUUAGAGAUCCUCCUCCGUUGCCGAGUCAAACACCCGUGCCCUCUGCCAACACUGGCCGACCAGGACAAAUUUCACGGGCUCCCAUUUACGAUGAUGCCGCGGAGGACGACAACAUGUUGGUAAUUAUAGGCAACCGUAUGAAAAACACCGUCGAGGGCAUAGAGGCACCCAAAUGGUUCCAGCAAAUCAAGAAGCCCAAGUGGAUGGGUGGAAACAACGAGAAUGCCGGCAAUUCUCAGAACAACUCUGACAUACGAAGAUGGUUUGGCGGAGAGGGACACAUCCGGUUGUAA